AUGUCACUAAACCCGGCCAGAGAUGUAAACAACCCUGCAUGAGCAGCGCCUGUUAGACGGAGGGGAUCCAACAGCCGAUCAGUUCCAGUCAUUCCACCAGCAAGGAGGCAAUGGCUCCUGACUGGUGGAAGCUCUCGGCUUCGGCGGCGCUGGUGGCGCUGACGCUGGUGCUCCUGUGGUGGCGCCGCUACGCCACCAAGUUCUCCAGGGCCGGCGUGCCGUCCCUGCCGCCGCUGCCCGUGGUGGGGAACAUGCUGGACGUGGUGCUCAGCAGGAAGGCCAUGCCCGAGGUCGUGGUGGACGUGUACAGGCACUUCCAGAAACACCCCUACGCUGGAUUCUACACGUUCGCAAAGUCUCUGGUCUUGGUGAGGGAUCCCGAUCUCAUCAGGUCCAUCACUGUCAAGGACUUUGACCACUUCACUGACCACGUCGACUUUCUGAACACCGACAAGGGCCAUCCAGUCCAACAGCGGAUGCUGAUUUUCAUGAAAGGAAAAGAAUGGCACGACAUGCGGGCGACACUAAGUCCUGCAUUCACAUCGAAGAAAAUGAGAAACAUGUUCCUGCUGAUAGCAGAGAUAGGGCAGCAGGUGGUCGAAUACAUAACAAAGGAAUGUGCCAAGGUCGAAGUUCCUUCUGGAGGAAAUCGGGUACUGACACUGGAGAUGAAGGACCUAUUCACACGCGUGACCAAUGAUGUCAUUGCGACGACUGCAUUUGGAGUAAAGGUGGACUCUUUGGCAGAACCAAACAACACAUUCUACACAACGGGCCGUGAGCUGACAACCAUCAAAUCGGGAACGGUAAUUGGAUACAUGCUAGCGCCAAGGCUUAUGCAGUUAAUAGGUGCACAUUUCGUCAACAUGAAAGCAGUGGAGUUCUUCACGACAAUGUUGACCGAGACUAUUAAAACGCGAGAGGAGCAGGGGAUCGUGCGCCACGAUAUGAUCCACCUCAUGAUGCAGGCCCGCCGAGGUGAACUGGCGCCAGAAGAAGGGGAGGCUAACGGCACCACCGACGGCAAAAGACGACACCUGACUGAUGACGAUAUCACGGCGCAGGCGCUCGUAUUUUUCUUCGGCGGCUUCGACACCGUGUCGACACUGCUGACCUUCUGCAGCUACCUGCUGGCCACACACGAGGACGUGCAGCGGCGGCUGCAGAGGGAGGUGGACGAACUGAUGCAGAAGAGUGGGGGGCAGCCCAGCUACGAGCAGGUCCUGGGCUGCCAGUACCUCGACAUGGUGCUCUCUGAGACGCUCCGCAUGUACACCCCCCUGGCCUCCCUGGACCGCACGUGCGUGCGCCCCUACAGGCUGCCGGCCACAGAGAGCUGCCCGGGCCUCGAGCUGCGACCCGGGGACGGCGUCUGGAUGCCGGUGCUCGGCAUCCACUACGACCCCGACUACUUCCCAGACCCGGAACGUUUCGACCCGGAGCGCUUCAGUCCGGAGAACAAACAUCUCAUCAAGCCGUUCACCUACUUCCCGUUCGGUUCUGGACCUCGCAUUUGCAUUGCCCAGAGGUUCGCGCUGAUGGAGUCCAAGGUGGUGCUCGUCCACCUGCUGUCCAGGUUCAGCCUCCAGGUGGUCGACAAGACGCCGGUGCCGCUCAGACUCCAGCCGGACAGCGCCACACUCUCCGUCAAAGGCGGCGCCUGGCUCGGGAUUCGAAGCAGGGUCUGAGGGUGUGAGCCAGCACCUCAGCCGCUCCUCACGACACGACGUUACACGCACUUGUAAAACGUACUAUGCCUGUGAAAUCAUACAUGUCAGAGCAAAACGGUUGCUACAUCACAAAGAGCUAUGCUACUGUUUUAAGUGCAAGUGUGUCGUUUUAACUGUGCUUUUGUCUGUAGCCUCCAUAAUAUUAUUCUGUUACUUUUGUUCACUUGCUCUGUUUAUCUUGUAUACCGUACUACCAAUUUAAGUAGAUUAUAUGACGUGAUUCAAGAUCUCAGCUAGACUUUAUAGGAUUUAACGAGGCUAUUUAGUGUUUUUCUUAGCGGAUAGAAUUUGAUGUACGAGUGAUUAAGCAUGCUUCUAGUGUAAUGAGUGACACUUUGACGUCCCUCCAGAAAGUGAACCUAUACGCUUUUUUUUAUAUUACUUCAGGGCGUAAACAACCGUAUGUCAUAACAGAGGAGUGGCCGAGCGGUUCUCGGCGCUACAGUCUGGAACCGAGCGACCGCUACGGUCGCAGGUUCGAAUCCUGCCUCGGGCAUGGAUGUGUGUGAUGUCCUUAGGUUAGUUAGGUUUAAGUAGUUCUAAGUUCUAGGGGACUGAUGACCUCAGCAGUUAAGUCCCAUAGUGCUCACAGCCAUUUGAAUCCUUUUUUUUUUUUUUUUUUUUUUUUUUAAUAACGGAAUUAUGAUGGAGUUGCGCGAAUAUUCCAGAGUUUCCAAAGAAAAAGUACCGUGACGUGAAUUUCACACUAGUUUUGGUUCAAAAAUUGCUCUCAGCACUAUGGGACUUAACAUCUGUGGUCAUCAGUCCCCUAGAACUUAGAACUACUUAAACCUAACUAAUCUAAGGACAUCACACACAUACAUGCCCGAGGCAGGAUUCGAACCUGCGACCGUAGCAGUCGCGCGGUUCCGGACUGAAGCGCAUAGAACCGCUCGGCCACCGCGGCCGGCCACACUAGUUUUGGGAUAAAUGUCAGUGGGAUAAGAAGGAGCGACUAUUAUCACCAGGUCUCUGUAUGUCCAUGGGUGCAGGACUCGGCUGUGCAGCACAAAAUGUCAAAUCCAACACUUAAUUCCCAAGCUGUUAUUUUAUUUGGUUACUAGUUUCGAGGAUUUACUAUGCCAGCUUCUGCCCGCUUUAUCGACGUGUGGAAAGAUUACAGCAUCGGUUCCUGUCAAAAUAGGGCCACAUUGAUACUUGUAGAUUCUGCUUGAUACAGCGAUCACUCUAUCAUCCAAUGUGAUGAUGGUUGACGUGAACACUGUGCCAAGCAGAAAUCUACAGAUACUAGUCUGGCCCCUAUUUUGAUCGGAACCGAGGUUGGAAUCUUCCUACACGUCUAUCAAGGGGUCAGAAGCUGGCGUCGUAAAUCCUCGAAACCGAUAGCCAAAUAAAAUAACAGUUUGGGAAAUAGAAGGCUGAAAGGUGUUGGAUCUGGCAUUCUGUUAUCACCAACUCCAAACACGAAUAGUUAUCUGUUGCCUGUCAGAGGAAGGAUGCUAAUAUUCAUCCGCCCACAUACAUUGUCGUGCAGAAUGUCGUAGUAACUAUUGUUGAAGACGGUUAGUUGUCGAUGAACAUACAACGGAGGCAAUGCGACGAUGGAAGUCAACGGGAAUUAUAGAAUAUUUCGAAUGCGAUUUGGUAAAUUCGAUAUGACGUUGGCAGAUAUGUUAGUAUCAUACAACAUAGCUUUGAUAAACGAUUACUGAUUAUUAGUGCUUGUCUUCAGCCUAUUAUAAUACACUACAUGCACGCCGCUUUGUUCGUGGAUAUGGUUUCUCCAUAAAAACUUCAGUCAUAUUAAAUUGUCGUAGGAUUUUUGUAAAUGGUAUUGAUCACUGAAGUCGUUUCACGCAAUAAAUAUGAUACACAUCACGCAUGAGUAAACGUGGCUAUAUUUUUUUGUUUACAACUAUAUUACUUCUAGUACUAUAUUGUAAUAAGUAGCAACAAGCCCCUUUCAGCUGUUAUCGCAUGAAAUGCAUUUUCAAAAUUAUUUUUCACCUAUAAACUUGUAGAUGCUUACCAGUAGUUGUUCAAGUUUGUUCAAGUGUUCACGCUACAUUAUCUCAUUAAUAAAUU